UCAAAGUCGAGUGCAUCAACAGCGACUACCCCACGGAGCGUCCGCAGAUGCAGGCCGAUGGACAGCUUGAUUUGCCCUUCUGCGACAAGGACAACAAGUACUGUGUCGUUCGCUGCAACGACGGCGUCUGGACGCAACUGCGCGUGUCGUGCCAUGGUCAGUCUGACCACAGACAGACAGAGAAAGAUAGAUACAGACAGCACAUAUUGAUGACCCCGCUGCGGUGCGGUGUGUAUGUCAGCUCGUUGCCCUGCAUUUGUGCCCCCCCAACGCGAGAGGAUGGUGUGCGAGCCGGCCAUGUUCUGCAAAAAGGAACAAAACCUCACCGACGUCAGUCAGCAUACAGGCCAGGCCGAAGCCGCAAGCCUAUCCCAUUUGGUUGCUGUGCGUUUCUCUCACUCACCGACAGGACGAGAAGGUGAACCGCUACUACGCGAUGUCGACCAGGGAGACGGGCGAUCGGAUCUACCGGCAUGGUUCGGCGCUGCGUCUGCGGUGCAAGGAGGAGUACGAGCCGCACCCCUUCCCUCAGGAGGAAGAAAUCAAGUGCAGGGACGGCAGGUGGUCCAUACCCACCCUUCAAUGCUUCAGUCAGCCAGCAACCUUCACACCCCCUCACACCCCCAGAUACAGACAGAUCUCGGUCUGUCUCUUUCACACCCUUUUGUGUGUCAUCCAGCGCCCUGCCGUGAAGAGUUCAAUCUGCAGAAGGCGCGCAUCAAUGAGGACACGCGGCGGUACGAGGCACAGGAGGCCUCAGACAACCCCAUCACCGAGACACAGGAGCUGGCCGAGCUGCGGGCCAUCGACAAAGGGCCGCCGAGGGAGCUCAAGGACGUCAAGUCGUCUCUCUUUGCGGACGAGUACGAGCCGCCCAAGGGCAGCAAGGCGGUGCCUCUGUACCUGCACGGGUUCCGCUAUGUGAUCCGGUGCAACACUGACAUGGACGUGACGUCAAUCGUCAAACAGCCCUUCGACUUCGCCACCUGCUGGGACGGACAGUGGACGGAUACCUCAAUCUACUGCAAAAAUACACACACAUACACACGCCCACCAACGUGUGUGUCCACACAGGCCAUCUCCCGAUCUUUGUAUGCGCCUCUCUCUCAUCUCAGAGAGCUGCGGUGAUCCGGUCAAGAUGCUGAUCCCGACUCUUGAGAAGCCCCAUGCGUAUGUGAUAGAGGCGAGCGGCACCACACACGGCAGCGUCGCCCACGUCACUUGUGCUGAGGGCUUCUCGCCCGGCGCGGGAUAUGAGCCGGAGAGGAUCGAAUGCAACGACGGCCCAUGGUGGCCGCCCGCCCUCAGAUGCGACCGUCGGCAAACAUGCUACACAUAGAUAGAGAAGGAAACACAUAUACAGAGAGAGAGGCGAUCGAUGCACAUCGAUGUCGUCCGUCGUGUGCGCAUGUAUGUGUGUCGUGUCAGCGCACUGCCCGCCGUAUUACGAGUUUCUGAAGGAGAACGAUCCCUUGGCGCUUGACGACUCGCGCUACGUGGUGGAGGGAUACCAUGGGGUGGACAUCGUCGGCUCAGCAUUCAACAUCACCUGCCACAUAUUCACCUCACCCGUACUCAACCAAGCGACCAGUGAAUGCACUGGUCCUGAGUGAAUGCAUGUUGGAUGUUGUGUGGUUCAGGGUCAGCUGGACCCCCUCCCCUCUGGUGUGCCAGGCCCCAAGGCCCGUCAGGAGAUCCGCUGUGCGGGCGGCAGGUGGACCGCCAGGGAGCUCAACUGCUACCGUACGUCACGAUCAACCAGCCAUGCACACACACAGAGACAGAGAGAGACACACGCCGACAACGCGCCCGCCGGCUCCACAGACAGUGCUGUCUGUCAAUGGCUGGAUAUUUGUAUGUCCGUCAGGCAGCUGCCCCGAGUAUGCGCCCGAGAAUGAGGUCGAGACGGACGUCAUGUUCGGCCCCGCCCACAUUGUGCUCGACGCGGGGGUCGGCCGCGUGCACAUUCCCAGCAUGGCCGACAGCCUCUUCGCCUCGGUCCAGCACGGAGCCAAAAGGACCCUCAAGUGCUGUGUGGCGGGCGAGAAGGUGCUGCAGGGGGACGACCCCAAUAGGCCAACCACCGAAUGCACGUGAGUAAACAAUGUUGGGGGGAAAGGAGGGCUGUGUGGGUGAGUGUUCUGUGGACAUGUGCAUAUGAUUCGUGGUCUUCAGGUGGAACUGGGCGACGAUCGACAAUGAGGGCCCGAAGGAGGCCGUGUCUCAGUGCUCUGACGGCACAUGGACCAAGCCUGACAUCGAAUGCAGACGUAUACACACACAGACUCCAUAUGUAUAUAUCUCUCUACCUGUCUGUCUGUCUGUCUGUCUGUGUAUGCAAUUGAAUUAUGCAUGCUGCAUGCAUAGCCAUGUGCACCCCUCUGGGCGACGAGUACCAGUUUUUCGAGGGGUCUGAGGCCUACAACACGAGCAAGGGCGCUACGGCAGGCAAGGUCGAGAGCGGGCUCAUCUACCCGGGAUACUCGGCUCAUGUUCGGUGCAAGGAGGGGUACCUGCCUGAGCCACAGCAGGGCAAGUGGAACAGCAGGCCGGCCGCAAAGGUCACCUGCUCGGGGGGCUUCUUCACCAACAUGCCGUUCGUCUGCUACAGUAAGUGAGCAUGGCACCGUGACCACAGACAACGAGACAGACACAGGUAUGUAUCAACAUCCCCCCGGGGGCCUCCCCUCCUGUGUGCUUUUAUCUAUCUAUCUACACAACAACAGAGGAGUGUCCCUUCCCGACGUCCAUCGAGGGCGACUCCCACACCCGCUUCAACCUCGACGCAGUGGCCCGCCAGAACGAGGACGCCACGAGUGCGGCUGACCUCAGAUCUCUGUGGCACAAGAACCCGUGGCUGAGACGGCACGGCAGCGUGUUUUAUGCCUUCUGCUGGUCGGGCAGCCGCGCAGAGCCCCUGAAGGCCCAGCUCACGGGCAAGCAGGACAUGGGCAACCGAUACGUGAGGGACAAGUACAAGUGGUUCUGGAGUAGGGGACACCACACCGACCCUGUGGCAGAGAGGACCUAUGCUGGGGACACGGCCUUCGACCACAAGCGGUUCCAGUGCCUGUACGGCAAAUGGGUGCCGCGAACACCGCCCUACAUGAAGUGUGUCGAGUCCUACUACCAGUGGCGCAGGCCCGAGCCGCGGAAGCCGCCCCCUCCUCCCCCCCCACCGCCCAAGAAGCCGCCCUCCAGGCCACCCCCACCAAAGGCAUGUGUGGCGUCCUUUAUGCCGGUGGUGCGGCUGAGUGAGGACGGAGGCCGGGCGGAGACGGUGCCCGUGUCGAUGUUGCAAGUGGGGGAUCGCGUCAUGACUGCAGGGGGGACUGGAAGACGGCGGCCGGCCUUCACUGAGGUGUAUUAUCGGCGUAGCUAUGCCGAGGAGCUGACCAGGGCCACUGCACUCAUGUUUGAACCAGGCCACCGGCGGCUGGUGCUAUCACCAUCCCACAGGCUGCCUGUGUGUCGGCCGCCGCCAAACAGAGGUGUCUGUCCUUCACAGCGGCAUCAUCAGAUUAUCGGGGAUACAGCGAACGGGUCUCAUGUUGCUAUGCCAUCGGCUGAUAAUGAUGAUGACUAUGACGGUGGCUGUGGGGACGAGACGCGGUGGCGCUCUAUUGCGGCACGUGAGGUCCGAGCGGGUGACUAUGUUCUCUUGGUGGGGGGAGGGGGGGGAUAUCAAAGUGGGGACGAUGGCCUGCUGAUAAGGGCGCAAGUGGCCGAGGCACACACUGAAUGGCAGGUGAACGAGCAAGAGGGAUGGAUGGAUGGAUGGACGGAUCGGCCAUGUGCUCAGGAUGUGGGAUAUGAGCUGGUCUACACGUUGAGUGGUCUGUUUGUGGCGGGUGGGGCGGUCAUCACCGACAGUGACGACCCGUUCGACGAGUACAUGCCCUGGACACUCAUCACCAACAUAGAUGCAAGGUCUGACAAAAGGCCAGGCACGGCCACUGUGGAAGGAUGGGAUGGGCGUCUUAGCUAUGGCCAUACCGUAUGUGUGCUUCUGGGUGUGUGUGUGUACAGGGUUAUUUAUUUGCUGUGGGGCAGGCAGGGGGUGGAAUCUCCACUAUUCCGCAGUUUCUAUGAGUAA